AUGGAGUAUGAGGACGAGGAUGAAACAGCAUUGAAUCACAACCUAAGUGCCUCCGGAGACUUCGAUGAAGCUGGCUCCAAAAGCAUAUUGAAAUCUGUGAUGCAGCCACAGAUGCACCAGUUGGGCAUGGCGCAGGACUCCUCCAGCCAGGAACCGGGUGCACCAGGAUCGAAGGGGGAAGAGGAAAUCCCGGACCCGAAGAGAAAGGACAAGGUGAAACCAAUGAGUAGGAAGAUGACAGGCUGUAUUUCCCAGUGCAGUGCCAAGUUGACCGAGAUUCUUGCAUGGCAGUCCAAGCUUGAUGAGAACAAGAAUGGGUUGACACCACAGCUUCUUGAUGGAUUCAAGACUGAAUUGCAAGGCCGUGUCCACAGCAUUACGAAUGCACGGGGUGAGCUUGAAAAACUAUUUGCCAUGCGUGUUGACGAUGCUGUGAUUGAUGAACCUGAGCACAGUGAACACAAAGAGAAGUGUAUGGUUGCCAUUCGAACCCUCCCACCUGGAACCAAGAUCGAACUUCCAGCUUCUGUACGACCCGUUUGGCAGGAGUUCAAGCUCCAUGGAAUCGAACUACAGGGGCCUUGUGCUGAUUUGUUAUCGGCUGGGUGCAAAGGGAAAUUUACCUCGAACAUUCAGAGAGACAUCUUGAGAAAGGUUGACAAACAUGAUCCUGAACAGGUGCCUGUCGAUUGGAUAGAUGCUCCUGUGCAAAAGCAACGUGGUGUAAAUGGUGUGGAACACAGGAGACUUCCCAUUGUCAUGCCGCACACUUUGGUCAUGUUGUUGCCCGCCAUUGCUCGGUAUGACCUCGCAGGUUUUUGGCAGCAUCUUUGCGACUGCAAUAGCCCUUUAGCCAGGAUCAGCCCAGAGAAGGAUCACUAUCCACUUUGGAUUUGGGGCGAUGAAGCACAGUAUCGAGAAAAUGGAGAUGAAGUAAUGCUGAUAUCUAUGGGGGGUGUCCUUGACAAAAGGUCCCACAGCAUAGAAUCGUGUUUCCCCAUAAGCAUUUGUCGCUCAGAAUUGAAAGCUGGAUACCCGACCAUUCGUGCCAUAUUGCAAGCAGCACCUUGCAUGAAAGGUGUUGUGUACAAAGAAACAUGCACCACCAAAACUCAAUUUAUAUAUCCAACCGCGAUAUAUAUGCUAUGA